CGAAAGCAAAAAUACUCAUAUGAAAAACCUUCAAUCAACAACAACUCCCCAACCAACCGACAUCAUUAAUCAGCUAGAAGAUAAAAUAAGCCAAAGUUAUACCCCAACCCCUUUAUCCUUGGGUGAUGUUAGAGAAGUUGAAAUUUCUACUUUAACGCCUUUAUCAGGUCGUCCUCAUCCUCGUCAAGUUAAAUCUUUACCCAAUACUCCAGUCAAUAACUUGCUAGACCAAACUUAUCUUCCAACUUCACCAACUAUAAGUGAAGAGAGUUAUUACACUGAAAGUGAUAGAGAUAGUGAAGCCGAAGAAGUCUUUUACGAAACAAUUAUAAACGCUUACCAAAGAGACGAAACAAAACUAAAAAAAGAAAUCUCUGAUUUGCAUAAUGAGGUUAAUCGUUUAGAAGCAGACAAGGCAACUUUACAAACCGAAAGUGAAAAUAAAGACAAUAAACUAAAAGAGACUCACCAAAAAUAUCAACAAUCUCAAAAGGAAAAUAAACUUUUAAAAGUUGAGAACGAGCGGGUUCAUUUAGAAUUAAAACUUACUAGUUCAGACUAUUUGGUUAAGGAUGAACAA